AUGGCCAAAAAACGCCAACUACUUGGUCUCCUCAUCGUCUCGCUCCUGUUUUUGUUCACCUUUAAGACCAUAAACACUAGUGAGCUCGACUCGAAACAAUCAUGGCUGCCCACUCUGAUCAGUCCCUCCAAGAACAUUGAGCCGUCGGCCGGCCCGGAUGAUCGUCAUGGUCUUGCUCCGCCAUCCUUAAUUCCUCUCCCGGCCGAGUACCUCGCCGCCAGCUUGUUGAACCUCUCAGAGCCUCUCUCCAACUUUUGCAGGUACAGGUUCGGCCUGGAUUUCUUGGAGAAUUUCAGUCGUUGCAGGACUGGGUACUGUUCCGAGGACUCGGUUUCAGACCUGACGUGCUUUCAUACCCCCAAUCCGAGCCUCCCGGGAAUCAAAGAUUCCUUCUGCCUAGCACGGAAUGGAAUUUCGUUUGACAUCAAGAAGCGAAAGUUUUCGAUCAAAUGCCAGCCCCGAGAUCCUGCACCGCAAGACUCAGGGUCAUGUGCAGUUCCCUACCGGAAUAUUGCCUCGUAUGGUUAUCUGACCGGGCCCAAGUAUAUCCUCAAUGAGUGGGUUAACUUUGACAAGGCGGCAGUUUUCGCUGGGAGUGGGAGCACGCAACCAGCGAGCAACAAUUUUGUGGUGUUGCUCAAGCGAGAGGUAGAGGGCAACAUUUGGCACGCCAUCAACGAGAUAAUGGCCAUGAUGACCACUUUUGACGUUCUGAAAAUCGCUCCAGAGUCAACAAGCGGCAACACAGGCAUUUUUAGCCCAGAUUCAAUACCCAACACGGAAAUCGUCGUUCUCGACGACCUACCAGACGGGGGCUUCUUCGAGCUCUUCCAAAUGUUUACAGGAUCGAAACCCAAACGAAUCAAAGAUUGGAUCGCUAGCAAAAACGUAAAAACGAUUAUCACCACCAUCCAACCUCUCGACAACGUCAUAAUACCCUUUGCCGGGUCCGCCAACCCGCUCUGGAGCGACUGGAACCCGAUCGACUGCACCGACAACACCAUGCUCCGCGUCUUUGUCCAGCGCGUCUUUGACUUUUACAAAAUCCCCCGGAGGCGAGAGGGCAACGCCGGCUCCCGCGUGCAGGUCAGCGUCAUCAUCAGGAAGGGCUCUCGUCACCUCUUGGGCCUCGACACGCACCUCUCUGCCGCGGUCAAGGCCAAGUUUGGCAACGUUGCCGACCUCCACAUGGUGGAUUUUGAGGGCAUGCCGUUCAGGGACCAGAUCAAAGUCGCGCGGGACAGCGAUGUGAUUGUCGGCAUGCACGGGGCUGGCUUGACGCACGCCAUGUUCAUGGAGGAGGGCCGGGGCGCGCUGGUCGAGAUCCAGCCCGAUCGGCUUUGUCACUGGGGGUUCCGGAACCUGGCCAAGAUGACUGGGCAAAAAUACUUUGUCGCGGGUGCUAGUCGGGUCGUUGGCAACUGCUACACUAUGUCCGAUGGCUUGAGCGGGGCGGGCGAGGUGCAGAUUGUUCCCAACGACGGGACUGGCGUGCCGUAUGAUACCUUGCGCUGCUAUACCUCCACCACGGACGCUUCGGCUUGGUCGUUGGGGUGUUCGGAUCCAAAUGUCACGGGCGGUGAUCUAUCAUUCUGGACGUGCAAGCAUCGCGAUACGAAUGAUGAGUGGUACAAGACUUGCAAGAAGAAGGAGGCUGCUGAUAUUUGGUGGAUGACCAGAUACAUUAUGGAACAGGACCGAUUUGUGAAGCUGGUAGGAGAUGCGAUUGAAGCUGUGCAUCUGACACGCUCAUCAUAA